UUCAUAAUCCCAGACAGGGUGCGGUUACACUUGCAGAGAGGGAAAAUGGCUUAUCACUUAUGCUCUUCGCCCUCUUCUCUCUUCCACAACCCCCGAACUCCCUCCCGCUCUCUCCCUUUUCCUUCCCCGACUAAUUUUCGACUCAGAAGCUCUGCAAUUCACACCCACGGACUCAGUUGUCCUCCGCUACAAUUUCAGUCAACAACCUCUCUGCAAAUACACCAUGUUUCGUUGCAAGACCCGGUUGCACAAGAAGCCCAGAGCCCCAAAGACUCAGAAAUUGAAAGUCUUCAGAGCCCAGAUGGAAAUUCCGGGUCUUUGUCGAAAAGCUACGUCUGGGUCAAUCCCAGGAGCCCCAGAGCUUCACAGCUGCGGCACAAGUCCUACGAUUCCAGGUACGCUUCUUUGGUGAAGGUAGCUGAGUAUUUGAACUCUUGCACUCCGAUUGAAAGUGAUGUUUCUGAAGCUUUAAAGGGUUUAGGGGAUAAUAUUUUGGAACAAGACGCUGUGGUUGUUCUUAAUAACAUGAACAAUCCGGAAAAUGCUUUGCUUGCGCUUAACUACUUUCACAAGAGAUUGAAACCCAAGAGGGAGGUGAUUUUGUACAAUGUGACUUUGAAAGUGUGUAGGAAGGGUAAGGAUUUGGAUAGAGCAGAGAAGCUGUUCGAUCAACUACUCCAGAGGGGUGUUAAACCCGAUAAUGUUACCUUUUCGACUAUGAUUAGUUGUGCUAGGAUGUGCUCUUUGCCUGAUAAGGCUGUGGAGUGGUUUGAGAAGAUGCCCAGUUUUGGGUGUAAUCCGGAUGAUGUUACCUAUUCGGCUAUGAUUGACGCCUAUGGGCGUGCCGGUAAGGUUGAAAUGGCUUUCAGUUUAUAUGACCGAGCUAGGACUGAGAAGUGGCGCAUCGAUCCCGUGACGUUUUCUACAUUGAUCAAAAUUCACGGGCAAUCGGGGAAUUUUGAUGGGUGUUUGAAUGUUUAUGAGGAAAUGAAAGCUAUAGGGGCUAAGCCAAACUUGGUUAUUUAUAACACUUUGUUGGAUGCCAUGGGAAGAGCUAGGAGGCCUUGGCAGGCCAAGAAAAUUUACCGAGAGAUGAUCAGCAGAGAGCUUUCACCAAAUUGGGUGACCUAUGCGUCUCUUUUAAGGGCCUAUGGUAGAGCUCGCUACAGUGAUGAUGCUCUUAAUGUUUAUAAAGAGAUGAAGGAGAAGGGACUGGAGUUAAAUGUAAUUCUUUAUAAUACCCUUUUAGCUAUGUGUGCUGAUGUUGGUUACACUGAUGAAGCCGUUGGCAUUUUUGAAGAAAUGAAGAGUUCUGAAACUUUGAAGCCCGACAGUUGGACCUUUUCAUCCAUGAUUACCGUAUAUUCCUGUAGCGGGAAAGUCACAGAGGCAGAAGCAACAUUGAAUGAGAUGUUGGAGGCUCGUUUUGAGCCUAAUAUCUUUAUUUUGACAUCACUCAUCCAAUGCUACGGGAAGGCAAAACGCACUGAUGACGUUGUUAGGAUAUUCAAUCAACUCCUAGAUUUGGGUAUAACACCAGAUGAGCGUUUCUGUGGUUGUCUCCUGAAUGUGAUGACUCAAACACCAAAGGAAGAACUUUGCAAGCUUGCCAAUUGCAUUGAGAGGGCUGAUGAAAAACUAGGGUAUGUGGUAAGACUUUUGGUGGAGAAGCAAGACAGUAGUGAAAACUUCAAGAACGAAGCAUCAGAACUUUUCAACUCAAUCGGUUCGGAUGUAAAGAAGGCUUAUUGUAAUUGCCUGAUUGAUCUUUGUGUGAACCUCGAUCUAUUGGAGAGAGCCUGUGAGCUACUAGACUUGGGGAUUACACUUCAGAUAUACAUAGGUUUACAGUCAAGGUCUCAAACCCAGUGGUCUCUGUAUCUCAAAGGUCUGUCUCUUGGGGCCGCUCUGACUGCAUUACAUGUUUGGAUCAAUGACCUGUCUCGGGUAUUGGACUCUGCUGAGGAGCUUCCGCCGUUGCUUGGAAUCAAUACUGGACAUGGGAAACAUAAGUAUUCAGACAAGGGUCUUGCGAGUGUAUUUGAGUCCCAUUUGAAGGAAUUAAAUGCUCCAUUCCAUGAGGCCCCAGACAAGGCUGGCUGGUUUUUGACAACAAAGGUUGCAAUCAAGUCAUGGUUGGAGUCUAGGAGUUCAUCCGAGUUAGUUACUGCUUAGACUUGGGCUGUUUAGUUUACUGACAAAGCUCUCACACUGAAAUGUAACGUCAAAAACUGGUAUGUGCUGCUUCUCAGUUUUCUAUUUAUAUGUUUCUGAAGUUUUCGCUCUUGGCGUAGAGAACAGUUUUGUACCAUUAGAAUUCAACUAUGAAAUCUACUUUCACUAGUCUUAUAGAGUUAAUGAAGUUCUUAGAAUUCUUGCA